CUUCGCGGCUAGUUUGAAUCAAGGAACUCAGAGCUCAGCGACACAUACAACAUCCGCACGCUCUUUCCUCUAAAAAACUGUAUCUGGACAUCUGAGGAAAAGAGGGAAAUUUGGACAUUCAUUCUGAUUGUAUAGAAUUCCAAAAGUUGUGAGAAAAAAAUGGAUGACUACUUGAAGAUAGAGAAAAUUGGUGAAGGUACAUAUGGUGUGGUGUAUAAAGGCAGGAAUAAAACCACUGGGCAGGUGGUGGCCAUGAAGAAGAUCCGUCUGGAAAGUGAGGAAGAGGGGGUGCCCAGCACUGCGGUCAGAGAGAUCUCCCUCCUCAAGGAGCUCCAGCACCCCAAUGUUGUACGCCUGUUAGAUGUACUGAUGCAGGAAUCAAAGUUGUACCUGGUGUUCGAGUUUCUGUCUAUGGAUCUAAAGAAGUACUUGGACUCUAUCGGAUCAGGCCAAUAUAUGGACCCCAUGCUGGUCAAGAGUUACCUGUAUCAGAUUCUCGAGGGGAUUCUUUUCUGCCACUGUCGCAGGGUUCUGCAUCGAGAUCUGAAGCCACAGAACCUGCUGAUCGAUAAUAAAGGUGUUAUUAAGCUGGCAGACUUCGGGCUGGCACGUGCCUUUGGAGUGCCAGUCAGAGUGUACACACAUGAGGUGGUCACUCUAUGGUACAGAGCUCCAGAGGUGUUGCUGGGGGCCUCUCGCUAUUCCACCCCUGUAGACAUCUGGAGUAUUGGUACCAUCUUUGCCGAACUUGCCACUAAGAAACCGCUCUUCCAUGGAGACUCAGAAAUAGAUCAGCUCUUCAGGAUCUUCAGGACUCUGGGAACCCCUAAUAAUGAGGUUUGGCCAGAUGUUGAGUCGCUGCCUGAUUAUAAGAAUACCUUCCCAAAGUGGAAAUCUGGGAAUCUGGCCAACACAGUGAAAAACCUGGACAAGAAUGGCAUUGAUCUGCUCUCGAAAAUGCUGAUUUAUGACCCUCCGAAGAGGAUUUCGGCACGGCAAGCAAUGACACACCCCUAUUUUGAUGAUCUGGAUAAGAGCACUCUUCCCGCCAGUAACCUCAAGAUAUAAAUGCACCUCACAGAUCUUCUAUUUCCCGCUCCAUGUUUUACACAUACAUGGUCCAAUGCAGUGUAAGUUCAGGGGUUAUAAUGAAUCUAACUCUAAAAUUCCUGGAGUUGUUUCUUAAUCCAGAAUGGAAGGAGGGGUAGACACUCCUCCAAUCUGCAGUAAUGCAAUCUGAGUCUUUUGACACGCAAUAAUUAACUUUAAGUUUGUUAACUGAGUGGGUUUUCUACUUUUGUUUGUCUGUUUUUUGUUUGUCUUUUCCUAUCCUGUUUUGUAUGUUAUAUACAACACCCGUUUGUAAAUAAAACAUAUAUUUUUUUGUGGACCUGAAGUCAAAUAUACAAAUAAACGGUGUUCUCAUUAAAGAGCACUUUGUAGGAUCCCAUUUUGGACUGAUGUCUU